CCGAGUCCCUCUCGUCUAAGGUAGUCUGAGUAGAGAAAGUAAUGAAGAUGGAAGGAGCUGAUGUUGAUGAAUUAUUGAGGAGAUUUAUGGAGUAGCGAAGUGAUAGCUGUUUACUCGUCUUGACGGAACGAUAGAGGACAGCGAUACCUGGAAACUGACAGAUAGCAUGCCCGUAGAGGUGACUCCACUGCAAAUGAGGGAACAUGUUGGCUAUGGACCAAGGAGUGGUGGAGGAAUGGCUGUCAGAAUUUAAGACCCUCCCUGACAGUGCUGUGUCCACCUAUGCCGCCUCACUAAAAGACAAAGGUGCCCUGGUUCCUGCACUCUACAAAGUCAUCCGAGAGAACUACAGUGAUUUGCUGGAGCCAGUGUGUCACCAGUUGUUUGAGUUUUACCGAAGCGGUGAGCCGCAGCUGCAGCGUUUCACGCUACAGUUCCUGCCAGAGCUCCUGUGGAGCCUCCUGUCCGUCAGCGCAGCCAGAGACCCUCACACGUCCGGUUGCAUCGAGGCCCUGCUGCUGGGCAUUUACAACCUGGAAAUUGUUGAUAAAGAUGGACAAAGUAAAGUAUUAUCUUUUACCGUCCCUUCCCUCUCCAAACCCUCAGUGUACCAUGAGCCUUCAGCCAUCGGCUCCAUUGCCCUCACAGAAGGGGCUCUAGCCAAUCACGGGCUGAGCAGAGUGGUGUACAGCGGACCACACCUCCAGAGAGAGACCUUUACAGCACAGAACAGAUUUGAGGUGCUGACCUUCCUGCUGCUGUGCUACAACUCUGCUCUCAGCUACAUGACCCCCACCUCCCUCCAGUCCCUCUGUCAGCUCAGCUCCAGAGUGUGUAUAUGUGGCUACCCUCGACAGCAGAUGCGGCGCUACAAAGGCAUUAGCACACGGCUGACAGUCACGUCAGAGUUCCUGGUUCAGCUCAUCACCGGGAUACACUACGCCUUGUGUAAUGGGGAGGUUGAACUGGGAUCCAAAGCCCUGGAUGACGUUCUGUAUCGGGCCCAGCUAGAGUUGUUCCCUGAAGCUCUGUUGGUGGGCAAUGCCAUCAAGUCGUCAUUGCACGGCGCUGCACUGAAGAGCAACAAUAAGGAGGGCGCACGGAGUAUCCAGGUGGAGAUCACACCCACCUCCUCCAGGAUCUCCCGAAAUGCUGUCACCUCCCUCUCUAUCAGGGGACACCGCUGGAAGAGACACGACGCAGUGGAUCUGGGUUCCCCGGAUGAGCUGAUGGAUAUUUCGGAGGUGGAUGAAGGGGUGUGGCCUGGCGGGGUGGGCCCUGACAUGACCCCACCCACCAUCACUAUUAGCAACAGCGUCACCACGUUGAACCUGGGGGCCAAGGCCAUGAAGAAGUGUCGGCUCGGCGGGCGCUCCAGCAAGGACAAGGACAAGGAGACGGGCCCUCUAACAACUGGCCGGGCCGCCAGCGAGAACGCAGAGCUGUCUGUCAAGCGACUGACGCUCACUUCCAGCCAAUCAGUGCCCAAGGCAGGAGCUCUCACCAGCCUGACGCGCACCGCCAGCGCCGUCUUCUCCCGCUCCUUUGAGCAGGUGGCCAGCGGCAUCGCCCCUCCCUCCAGCAACCACACGGCCUCCGAAGUUGGCCGCUAUUCUUGCAGCCUGCAGGAGGAUGGGCUGGGGUACUUGAGUCCGGCGCCAAACCACACGCAACGCUCUCCUAGCAUCAGCGUGCACCUUGGCUCUGACCUUUGAACCCUCUGUGACUUCUGACUACCUGAACCGUCGCCUCUGAUCCUGUGACCCUGUACCUGUGACCUGGAACUCCAAGCCAUGCCAACCACAACGGACCACAUGAACAAACACCCCUGCUGGUUCCCUCGUCGCUCCAUUUUAACGUCUUUGAUUGUCUGUGCUGUGAAGCGGCCGGCUGCUCAGCUCCACUCAGACAUCCGGAGUUCUGUCAGCUCUCCUCUGGGCCUGAUGGAGCCGGGAUGUCAGGGAUAUCACUUCCAGCCACUGAUUUUUAGUAGUGCACUGUUGCUGUGAAGUCGUGCCAGGACAAAACUGCACUCUGACGCAGAGCAGCUGUUUGUAAAUGGGUGUACUUAAAACUUAUUACUAAAAAAAAAACUGUGUGGAAAAGUAUUUGGAAAGUAUUUUAAUCGGCAUUUGUUGCCCUGCAUGGCUUUUCCAUACGUCCACCCUGACCUUGCCCAGGUUUGUGAGAGGGCAGAUGUUGAGUAUGUGUGAGCAUGCUUGAGUGCGUGUACUGUGUGUUUGUAUGUACAAUUGUUUUUAGAAUAAAGGCUGCUGAUUGAUAUGAUGAAAAGGUAUGAUUCUCCAAGUUGAAAAAAAUGUUUCUACUUUUUAAUGAAUAGAUCCCUUACCAUAGCAAUACAAAUCUCCCCUAUUCAGUGUUUUCCAUCUUUUGGGACAAUUUCUCUCUUUUGUCAGCAGUUACAGCUGUGCUCCUUGACAGAAAAUCUGCAUUCUUCCCUAAAAUGUCAGAAAAAUGACCACUAAUAAUCAGCCAGUAUGAUAAAAAAAUCUGUACUUUUUAUGUUUACAAUCGCACAGUGUUGUCAUCAUGAUGGAGAAGCAAUAUUUGUGUCCUUCCCUCUCGUUCUUUCUAGCACCUUCCUGAAUUGCCGUUUAUUCAAUGGCAAAAAUAAAACUCCUACUUCUGACAAAUGACAAAGACAGUUUAGAUUUUGGGGAUGGUGGGUGUGUAUGAUUUGUUAAGUAUUGAAUUUUGCACUUGAAAGAGCAAAUGAGUUGCGUUUUCAACUUUGGUAUUUUCUUAAAAUGAACAAGUGAGGAUUAACUCUCCAACUGUGGUAUUUUCCUGUGAUAGAGAUGCGCUUUGUUGUUCCGUAUGGAUUUCUACAAGACAGAUACAAAGUCCACUUACUUGCACAGAGGUACCACUGAGUAAAGAUGUUGAAAUCCAAAACUGCUACUAAAUCUGUUCCUGUGUGUUCUGCAGUGGGAAUGUGUGUGUGGGCAACAAGGCAUCUUUCCUCCUCUGAUCCACCCACCAUUCCUGCUGUUUGUGGUACUUUGGUGAUGUGUUUCCUCUGUCCCUCUUUGUUGUUCACUUCGUCAUCAAAUCCCAAGACAUGGUGAUAUUCUCUAGUACCAAAAAAGGAAUUAAACUCCACCAAUCUGCUACAGUUGAUGUCCUAAAUCAAGCUGCCCCACCCUCCAGCAAAUGUGUUUUCUGUCAUCUGUGUACCAGAGCUGUUGAGUGUCCAUAGCUUGGUGGAACAAUAACAAUCAUCGUGUUUCUGUAUGCGGGUUUACCGAAUAUGAAUGGGUAAGCUCCUGUUGUACAUCAUACUGUUGUACAUUAGUCGGUUUAUAUUGGCCUUUCUCUGUAUGAAGAUAACUCACUGCUACAACUUCUGGGAAUAAAGUGUUUCUAUAUUUCA